CACGCGAUACUUUCUCUCCCAUCCAAACAACUCCAUAAUCAAACCAACAAAUCCCAAGCCCCCAACUCACCCCAAAUCCCUCUCCCAUGUAAACACAAUCACCUCACCCUCCUACACCCCAAUCCUCAAUCGAAACAUGUUAACCGUGACGAGUGAUAACCAGUGAAAAAAAAAAAGAAAUCUCUCACCAAUGUACGACAACUACCUGAACCCCAAGAUGAAGAGUGACCUGGAGUCAUCGUCUCUCCACCUGCACGACCACCUGACAACAUCCUCAAGUGCUCAUCCCCUGGUGUCAAGAACCCCCUCAAGUGUUAUUUCAUCCCUAUCCCAGAGUGAUACCCUGAUGACAAGUGCCCCGGAGGCACCACGAAAGCCAGGUGCACGUCGCCAGGAAAAGCCCCCCUACUCCUACAUAGCCCUGAUAGUAAUGGCGAUUCAAUCGAGCCCAGAUAAACGUCUGACCCUCUCCGAGAUAUACACAUUUCUCCAGCAACGAUUUCCCUUCUUCCGAGGGUCCUACCAGGGCUGGAAGAACUCAGUGCGUCACAAUCUGAGCCUCAACGAGUGCUUCAUAAAGCUACCAAAGGGCCUGGGAAGGCCAGGAAAGGGCCACUACUGGACAAUUGAUCCAGCGAGUGAGUACAUGUUCGAGGAGGGUAGCUUUCGCCGAAGGCCCAGGGGCUUCCGGAGAAAAUGUCAAGCACUGAAGCCCCAGUACUCCCAGUACUUUCCCGGUGGUGCACCAGUGGGUGUCGGAGGGGUACAGCCUCCCUGCUACGACAAUAUACCGGCUACCGGUGUUGAUUAUUCAAAUGGAUAUCAAAAUCAGUAUCAAAAUUAUCAAGAGUAUGCUACGAUGUACGGUGCUGCUGCUGGAACUGUUCCAGAAUGGAGUUCCUAUCCUGAAACUGCGUACAAACCCCCACCCCCACCAAUUGCCGAGGUGACGUACAAGACGACUGAGGUCACGUACAAAACUGGUGAGGCUUCGUUGUACAGAAAUGGAGAGAUUGCGUUUAAAAAUGAGCCAUACGUCAGGAGUCAGGAUCAGCUUACCUACAGACCCACCGAGGGAUUUUUGAACAAAGAGCAGGUACAGGAGGGGGUGGGAUACAAAACCGAGAGUGAUAACGAGGCCCUCAUGAGCUGUAAUUACAAGUGUACGACCAGUGGACAACAGCAAUUACCACAACAUCCUCAGGAUUAUUAUGUUGGAUAUGGGCUUGGGGGUAAUUGUGGUAAUAUCAAUGUCGCUGCUAUGAGGAGUCUUCAAGCACACACCGGGGGUAGUAGUUCAGUUGGAAAUAUCAGCUCACCCUACAGUGAAUGCCCUACGCCCGCUACUGAUCAUGGGCUGAGAAUUCAGAGCUGCAAUUCAAGUUCGAAUAGUUCAGGUGGUGCCUUAGUGGAGCGAAAAUCCUCGUACCUCGGACACACGCCAAGUUCUGUGUAUUUCAUCUAACGAAAGACCAGACACGAUCGAUACCAAUCACUUCACCAAAAAAUUGACGCAAAAAUGUACCAAAAAAAAAUGUGCCUAUUUAUAUUCAUAAUCAUCAGCUCUAGCGAAGAGAAAUCUACUGUUAAAUUAAGACUAGGGAUUAAGCCAAAGGAUUAUCUGUUCCGUAGAAUAAAGAUAUUGUUUGCUAAAAAAUAUUGUCUGGGAUUUUACUUACCUAUUCG